AUGCAGCAACUUGAUUUGAUAUCAGACAGGAGCGCGGGGGAUUCGGAUUCUCUUCUGAGUCGGUAUCGUGCUAAAAUUCAAGCCCUUUGGGAAACAUUGAUGGACCGUGAAGCCACACUCUGCGACCAACUGGAAGAGGUGAUUAAAGAGUUUGAGAGGAACAUGUCGGAUAUGAUUAAUUUUUUCGUCGAAAAUACUCAGCCUUUACAUCUGGGCUUGAUGGAGGACUUGGACUCUCAUCACAUCAGCAGCCCUCUCGGCAAAGGUUAA